UAAACUAAACAAAUCUAGUCCUUAUCUAUCCCCCACACCCUCUUUCUCUCUCCUCCUCACUCACCCGGAUCACCCAACGUCAACAAACAUGGAGCAAGCCGGCACCUCCACACCGGAACACCAAAACCCACCACCACAAACCACCACAACUACCCACCACCUCUCCCUCCCACCAGGCUUAACCGAACACGAGUUCAACCAACUCAAAACCUUCGUAUCCAACUUCCACACCUACCAUCUCUCACCCUCCCAAUGUUCUUCCCUACUCGCCCAACACAUCCACGCGCCGGUCGACGUCGUCUGGUCCGUCGUCCGCCGGUUCGACAAACCCCAAACUUACAAACACUUCAUCAAAAGCUGCACCGUCGGUGAAAACUUCAAAAUGGAAGUGGGGUGCACGCGCGAUGUCAACGUCAUCUCCGGCUUACCGGCGGCCACUAGCACCGAGCGGUUAGACUUGUUGGAUGAUGACAACCACGUGAUGGCGUUCACUAUUAUUGGUGGUGAACACCGGUUGAGAAACUAUCAUGCUGUCACGACCGUUCACGAGGUUGUUACAGAGAAUGAUGAUUCGGUUACGGUUGUUUUGGAGUCUUACGUUGUUGAUGUGCCUGAGGGGAAUACUGAGGAGGAUACGAGGUUGUUUGCUGAUACUGUUGUGAAGUUGAAUCUGCAGAAACUGGCGGCGGUGACGGAAGCGAUGGCGGUUGACGGUGGCGCGUCUAUUAAGAAUCUGAAUCUCAGGUGAUGCUGGUGUUAAUUGGUUAUGGUUUUUAAUUCCACAGCCCCAAAAAAAUAAAUAAAUAAGAAAGAAAAAGAAAAUGGAAAAAAGUCCAGCCACACUUUAUCAUUUUUUUUUAUUUUCAUUGAAAUCAAAAAUUUGUGAGUUUUUUUUUUUUAUUUAAUGUUUGUAUGGAAGUUACAAAAUCACCCUUUGUCUGUAAUGAUGGGCUGCCACUUGCCACUUGCCACUGUGAAUUGUAUAUUGGGGGCAUUUUCGUCAUUGAAGUGUUUAAUUUGUGAAUGUGUUUUUUA